AUGCAAGUCUUAGACCAACCAACCAUUUGUGGAGUGAUACCAAGAACAAAUGAUGUAUCUUGUUUAAAAGAGUUAAAAGAAUUGGGAAUCCAGAUAACAGACUGUGGUAAAGGUAGACCUCCUAUUGAGCUCCUAAUUGGAGCAGAUAUUGCAGGCAAAUUGUAUACAGGUCAAACGCAAGUUUUAAAAUGUGGUCUUGUUGCUGUGCAGACGCACUUAGGUUGGACUAUCAUGGGAAGGUCUGAAAAUCGUAAUUCCAAAGACAACACUAUAACAUCGCUAGUUUUACAAAGCCAUACUAUAGAAAAUCUUUGGAAACUGGAAGCGAUAGGAAUUGGAGAUCCUUGUGGAGAUGGGCGCUAUGAAAUUAGUUUUCCUUGGAUGCAAAGUCCCGACGAAUUACCAAGUAACCCCGAACUUGCAGAAAAACGAUUAUUGUCCACUUCUUGGAAACUCAGUAAAGCUGGAAAGAUAAAAGAUUAUAAUGCUGUGUUCCAAGAAUGGUUGCAAUGCGGAAUAAUUGAAGAAUGUUCAGAAGGGCCAGGUCACUAUUUGCCACAUCAUGCAGUGUUCAAACCAACUUCCACUACCACACCUGUUAGACCCGUUUUUGAGGCCUCGUACAAGUCGAAGGGAAAUAUUUCGUUAAAUGACUGCCUAAUGAAAUUUCCAAAUUUGCUCGAAGACAUCCCAACUGCUCUUCUUAGAUUCAGACAGAAAAAAUUGGAAUUGUUGAAGAAGGCGUUUUUGCAAAUUUCAGUAGCAGAAGAGGAUCGCAAGUAUUUGAAAUUCUUAUGGUGGGCAGAUGAAGAAAAAAGUCUAUUAAGAUUCAUUUGCAUUUCUCCAUAUCAAGAUGUUUCAGAGACACUUAAAUCUGCUUACUAUGUGGAUAACUGUGUUGCUUCAGUUAGUUCUGAAAAUGAAUUACAAAGAUUUGUAAAAGUGUCUACAGAGAUCAUGGCCAAAGGAAAGUUUGAGUUGAGAGGAUGGGAAUAUUCUGCUGUUAAACGUUCAAGUGUUCCUAUGGUCUCAUCACAAGUUUUAGGUUCAUAA